GUCCGCGACGCGGUGACCUACGCUGAGCACGCCAGGCGGAAGACUGUCGCCUCUCUUGACGUUGACACGCGCCUGAUAUGGCACUGGUGCUUCGUGGGAUAUCAUGGGCGGAGACGUCCGUUUUUCGCGUGACGGCCGACCCAUUCUCUCCCACGAUUACCUCACCGUGAAGAUCUGGGAUGUGAACAAGGAGCGAAGCCUGAUCAAGACGACUCCGGUACGCGAGUACUGUACCUCCGAACACGACUGUGCGAUGCGUACGAGAACGACAGCAUCUUAUGAUUACCUAAUUUCGUGGAUAGGGAUAUCUUACGCAGAUAUCCCUCACCCGUGGAAAGCAUGUAAUCGUUCUGGCGCUGGGCAUGAUCGCGGACGCACCAUGCUUGGAGUACAUAUUCCAAUCAUGACCGCAAACUCCAUCCUCAAAAGCCCUUUGCACACUCCAUAACCCCAGAAGACGUAUCACCGCAGCAGAUGAAGUGUGCCCACGCCGCGUCAUUGCUUCCACCUCCGAGAUCGAUCGUGAUAUUUUGAGGGUUAUAAGCAUAACAGCACGUUGCUGAACCAUGUCCAUGACGAUGGCGAUACAGCACAGCGAUGCACCCCAGUUUAAUCAACAUCUAUCCUGCAAGAUUCUGGACCAACCCCUUCUCGUCGAGAUCAAAAACCACGAGACUCGAUGAUACGCGAG